UUACCAGAGCGUGAAUUCUACUAGCGAUUUCAUGCAUUUCCGCUAGUUAGUCUUUUCGCUAAUGAUUUGUAAUGCAACGAGGCAUCGAAUCUGAAAAGAACCCACCCCUAAAAAACGAAACUCAAUGCGUAUUUGAAAUUGCAAUAACAACAAUGUGCGAGCAGAUCAAAAUUCAACAGAAAUUUAGUGUCCCGUACUAUUGCUGCAGAAAUUCGCAGGAAUUGUAGUUCGAUCGAACGCUCAGUCUGCCGUUGUCAUUUUUCACUAAAUUGUUUAGAUCUUGAGUGUCAAUUGUAGUUGAAGAGCAGUCGAAAAAGGUCAAUAAAGAACAGACAUUCCUUAAAUAAAAAUAAUUUAUUUUAGUGUUGUUAGUGAAAAAAUUAAAGCCGAAUAAAAAAAUAAAAAAGUGAAGUGUAAUAUAUGGAUGGUCCGAACCCAAAACGAAUUAAAAAGACUUGCUACAAUCAAGUAUAUACAGAAAAGGCAUGUAAAUGCGAAGAUAAGGAAGCUUUAAAGGCUUUCUUCGAAGAACUGAUGGAAAGAAAAAUGAGCCAAAUUUCUGCACAGUACCAAGUGCUCCUAGAAGAAGUAGCGCAGCAGAAAGUCCUCAUUCAGCAUCUUCUGAAAGAACGCACCGACGACUCAUCGAAAAUGAGAGAAUUUCCAAUUAAAAACAAAACAGAUUUGGGCCGAAUUAAUGAAAAUAUAGAAGUUCGCGGAAAAAAGAACUACAUCAAAUGUAUGACUCAAAUUCUCCAGGGUUCUGGAGUGGUGACAAACCUGAAGAAUAUUAUAACAGACGAAUUGGCCAUGCAGUACAAUAUUGAUGGAGUGUUGGGCAAGGAUUCGCUCAAAAGCUUUACAAAUUUUUUCGACGCCCUUAUUGAGUCCAUACCUACCAGGAUAGACGCUGGAUCGCCAGAGAAUCAACUGCGCCAAGCCCUUCAGCGUCAAAAAAAAAAAACGAGUAAUAAAAAAAAAUCAUUUAGUAAAUAAAGAAAAUAAAUGAUUAAUAAAUAACAAUAUAAUGUAAGACAGUAUAUAUUUUAAAACUACUAAGAAAGAAAAUAAAUUAAAAAAUACAUAUGUAUAAUUGAAUUUAAUAAAUCUAUUGCUUUGA